AUGAAACCUAGUAUGUGUUUAGUGUUGUUUAUAGCUUCAAUGGCAGUGAUGAUGUCUCCAGUUUCUGCUCAGUCGGGCUGCACAAAUGUCCUAGUCAGCAUGGCUCCGUGCCUCGGCUUCAUCACUCAAAACACUUCUUCUCCGUCUCAACAAUGUUGUAACCAGUUGGCUCAUGUUGUUCGGUUUUCUUCCGAGUGUUUGUGUCUUGUUCUCCAAGGUGGAGGUUCUGAGCUUGGGUUCCAUGUUAACGAGACACAAGCUCUUGCUUUGCCUAAAGCUUGUCAUGUUCAAACUCCGCCUGCUAGUCGCUGCAAUGGUGGUUCGUCGGUUAAUUCGCAUGCAGGAUCAUCAAACACUUCAGAACAUGGAAAUGGAUCAAAAACAGUCAGAGGAGACAAGUCCUCGUCUGAUGGGAGUUUUACCAAUUUCUCGUUCUCUCUUCUCGCCAUCCUUUCAACAGCUUCGUACAUCAUAAUCUUUGCAAUAUAA